GAAAGAAACCUCCAUGAUUUAAAUUCUCUCAACAACAUGACCUGGGUUUCCUCCACUUCAUCCCUACAAACACUUGGUUGGUAGAGAGUUCCAUUAAUUAGAUAUAUAUAUAUAGCUAGAGACAUGAACCAAGGUGUGUUGCAGCAGACUUCACCAGUGCAACAAAUGAAUAUGGCUGCUGCAGCUGCAGGAGGAAACCCUAACUUGUGGAGCAUGAGGCCACCAACUCCACAAACACCUCCUUAUAAUUUUGCCCCUCCUCCUCCUCCAACUCAUCCUAAUCUCUUCCCCUCUUCACUACUACUUCCAAUCAAUCCUUCUUGGCUUGAUCAUCAUCAACAACUUCCUGAGUCUUGGAGUCAACUACUCUUGGGAGGAGGAGGUGCUGAAGAAGAUAAGGCAAGUUUGAAUCAUUUUCAAGCUAAUCAUAAGAAAUGUUUGGAGAUUUGGGAGGAGGACCAAGACCUUUUACAUAAGGUCUCCAGUGGUUUUGUUGAUGUGAAACAAGAAAUCUAUGGCCAUGCAAAUCAUCAUCAUCAUCAAGAUUUUCAAGCGAUGACAAAACCUAGUAAUUGGUCUCCUCAUCAAGUAGUGAUGCCUGUUUCACCUCCCAAGUCAUGUGUUACAACUAAUUUCACCUCUUCUGCAACUAAUAACAUGUUGGAUUUUUCAAGUCAGAAGUCCGAUGGAUGCCAUCCGCCGCCACCGGAUCGAUCUUCUUCUGAGUGUAACAGCACUAGUGCAACAGGUGGGGCAGCCAAGAAAGCUAGGGUUCAACCUUCUUCAAUCCAAUCACCAUUAAAGGUACGAAAAGAAAAAUUAGGGAAUAGAAUCACAGCUCUUCACCAACUAGUUUCUCCAUUUGGAAAGACUGAUACAGCCUCUGUAUUGUUAGAAGCUAUUGGAUAUAUUACAUUCCUUCAGAGUCAAAUUGAGGCUCUCAGCUUACCGUACUGGGGUAGUUCAUCUGGAAAUAACAAUAAUAAUAUGAGACACCACCACCAACAACAAUACUCUGUACAAGGGGAAAGGAAUUGUAUAUUUCCUGAAGACCCUGGUCAGCUGUUGAAUGACAGCUGCAUGAAGAGGAAACUAGGACCUGAUCAUGAACAGGAUUGUAUUAAUGAAGAAGGUAAAAAGGACCUGAGGAGUAGAGGCCUGUGUUUGGUUCCUGUGUCAUGCACACUUCAAGUUGGGAGUGACAAUGGAGCAGACUAUUGGGCUCCUGCCUUCGGCGGAGGAUUUAGAUAGACUGGAAUUGAAUUUCUGAUCGCAGCGCGCACGAUUACUUGAUCAUCGAUCAUCAUCAUGAUUAUGGAGCUUCAUGAAAUUAACGUUAUAACAUCAUGAGCAGUCACUCUGCUAAAAUUCAAAAGGCUGAUUGCUCAUGAUGAUAUACAAUUUACAUACAUUUACGUCGUGUGCAUGCUGAUGCUGAUGCUAGUUAGCUAGUUAUGGCUCUCUCUAUGUGGUGGUGGACUUGAAAUUAAAACUUUGCUUUAGCUUAAUUAAACAUUAAUUAAGCAUUAAUUAAGCUAAUUUAUGUUUAUGAAUUUUGAUUUUAUUUGAAGUA